GUCCACUUGUUCUGGACGCAUUUACAGCGACAUAACUCACUGCCUCCGCACCCACACCCUUGAGUUUCCCCAUCGCACCAAGCUUUCCAAAUCUCGGGCAAUCACAGCAUCUCGCAUAACAGCUCAAGUGACCGCAAACAUGCCUCAACAAGCAGCGAGGGCCUUCUCGCAGAAAGAUCUCCCACCUUCCGUUGAAACCGCCUACUAUCGCAAAUGUAUCGACUUGCGCCGGCGCAUCAAUGACAUCGAAGAGAACAACGAUGGCACAAGACAACGUAUCCAGCGCCUGAAUCGCGGUAUCCAGAAGAUGCGCCUUGAGCGCGCCUUCCUCCUUGAGCAGCUACAGAAACAUCAAGAAUACAACAUGGACGACUCCGACCGCAGCUCUAGUCCACCUCCGACACCUACAGACAAGCCCCUUCGUAGCAAGCGCAGUCACAGGAAAGGCACACCACCACCCGCGGGCGCAGGCACAGCACCAGGAAGCGGUGCAGCAGGACACUCAGGUGUCCCUCACGCAGCUUCACCAGGCGAGCACGGAACCCACCACCUCGCGAUCUCGCACCCACACGCCAUAAACCCCAUGUCCAGCGCGCAAAGCACGCCUGACCCAUCACGACACACAAACCCCUUCUUCAGCUCCAUCGGCGCUUCAGCCUCACCACACGCCUCCCACUCCGCCGUGAACGGCAACCAGAACGCCCUUCCACCUCUCCACUCCCUCCCAGGCAUGCAACCGCAAGCCCAGCAAACACCCACUCCACGCGCAUACUUCGACCCCGCGUACGACGCCGAGCGCCCCACACCCGCCCCCGUCGAGAGCGAAGGAGGGAGACAACGCGCUUACUCCGGCGCCGAAGCGCCGCAGAACGGGGACACGGAGAUGCGAGACGCUGGGUUUACGGCAGUCAAUAACAACCAGUAGAACUGGGCUGACCUACAUGAUCCCUACUGUGGUCUUGUGAGACGGUGUUACACGGAUGAUAUACAGCUCUUAAGGCGCUUCAGGAAUGGGGUGGGUGUAGUGAGGUAAGAGGUAAUGAGUGCACAUUUCGACAUCAGAUUUGUCCGCGAAAGCGUAGAGGUUGUGGACGGAGCACAGACAGCUCAAGGUUCUGCAAGAGGACCCAUCUCCCAGGCCGAUCGUCUGGAUCAAAUUAUCAGACACUGCUACGGGUGUGCAGCAAGGCGUUAGGGUUGAGUAUAUUUGGUAAUGGCACGGCUAUUACGACAGCAUGGCACAUACCUGUACUAGUAUAUAGCAUGGAUAAAUGCUAUUAAUGAC